AUGUUUCUGCUUUUUUACAUAUUGCCUUUUACAUUCGCGUCUCUCAAAGAACGGAUCACGACUUAUGAAGUGACUCUUCCAACCAAUUUGUUGGGCAGAGAAACCAACUGGCGUGCGUAUGCUUAUUCCUCACUUUCUGUUCGUUUAUACCCCUCCUCUGAUUCUUCUUCAAAUUAUUACGUUGGGUACACUGAUGCGAAUGGUUUAGGAACUGUUCUCAAAAUCAAAUCUCAGUCGAACAAGAUUCAGCGUACAGACACUUUCAAAGGAUAUUCCGUCCGAGGUCUCCACGUCUUAUCUGAUGGUACUUAUGGUAUUCUUCUUUGGGAUACCAAAACGAGUCUUAUUUACUUCAGAAAAGUGUCCCACAAAGGCAAAGAAGAAUUCACCAAGCCUCUUGGUCUUCGCACGGCACCAUUUCCCUCGAGUGUCCCCGCUGGGAGUGACAAAGGCUAUGGGAUAGGAGACAGUCGUGUGAAUUAUGGUGAUGGCAAAUUCCACAUCUACACUCAUGUUCACAGCGACAAUGGACAUGAAGGUGAUGCACUCUUUACAGUCACUGAUGACGGCACGGUACAGCAAAUAUGGGGAUGGGGGUGUUCCCAUAUGAUGUCUGGGUUACAAGGGUGGAAUUCGAAUACCAAGACGAUGAUUCAUAUAUGUGACUCUGACGCGUAUCCAUCGACUGGAAUGUUUGCGGAGAAUUCAGUGAAGUACACUUUAUAUAAACAUGCUGGAAAUGGAGGAGGAAUGAGUGCAGGAGAGCUUGGCGGAGUUGUUGAGAAUGGGGAUGGGUGGCUCUUAAUUAUGAAUUCCAUUCAGCCGGAGUCGGCAAGUACUGCAAAUCCACAAAGUGCUAUUCAAGACAUCGGCGUUGUGUCGAUCAAUGCUAAUAAAACACGAAGUAAAGUCGAUUUCAUAAAAAUAAGCGACAAAAAGAAGUCGAACGGGUGCAUUGCUAAAUUUGAAGGAAACUUUUUGGUUGGAUAUAAACAAGGGACUGACUUCUUUUUGGGAAGUAUCGACUCAAAUGCGAAGAUUAUGAACGACUUUGAAAAUGUGACGGACGUCACUGGAUGGGGGGACAGAGACGAUUCUUUCAGAAAUAUGGAAGAAGGAGGUAUAUUCUGGGUCAGAGCACCAAAUGACAAGGGAAAUAUACUUAUUAUCACGGAGUUCUCAGCCGCGUUUGGAAAUUAUAUGAUCAAUGUCAUGUUUUGUGCACUCUUCAUGAUGGUCUUUUUAUAA